UUUACUUGUACUUGACCAUUUCAUCCACCCAUCUUUAGAGGUUUCUACUUCCUAGGUUAUUUACAAACUUCAUGAAAUGUUGCUCUCGUUUAAACUUUGAUGUCAAGCAAAGUGCAAAUUUAUUAACAGGAAUGAAACUAAAUCCUCAUAUGCUCAGGGCUUACUGGUUUCAUGUAAUUCCUCAAAGGUUUCAGUUUUCUUGCCGAAGGUGGGCAUCUAAGCGUUCUAAAGCAGUAAAUAACAAUACUUGGAUCGUUAAUGAGAAUGAUUUAAGAAAAUACUCUCCUGCAUACAAGCUAGAAGGAGAACAUGAACUUUAUAUGGUCCAGCAACAACAUGAACGUUCAAAGGUGAGAUUUCAGAAAUUACCAUUACAUGAGAAUGUGCAGCAAGGAUUAUAUAAAAACUUUCCUGAAAUUAGAUACUGCACUCCUGUCCAAAUGCGAAUUAUACGUGCCUUUUUAAUGAAUCGCUUUUCUUUUAUGGUACGAGGAUGGAACGGAUCAGGUAAAUCAUUUAGCGGGCUUCUUGCGGCAUUAUCCAUGUACCACGAAUUUAUGGACAAAUUCUCUAGCGUUACCAAUCAUGGAUGUCAAGUACUCAUCGUAGUUCCAAACAAAAAUCUUGCUCAGCAAUAUCAAGCGCGGGUAGAAAAACUUGUCUCGGGGGAACCUUUGCAAGAACCCUUGCAAAAGGUUUCACAAGUGUUGGAGGUUUCCUUGUUUCGCAUCGAAGAAGUCAAGCGAAACCUUCCAUUUAUCCUCAUUGCUGACUACCGUGACUUGGAGCGAUUAAAAAAGUUGAACCACCCAAUUUUAGGUCAGAUCCUUACGAACUUAAAGACUAUUGUUUUUGAUGAAUCUGAUCUUUAUAUUCCUACGGAAGGGAGACAGCGUCGCCUAUCGGCUCCGGAGCCACGUACCUCGAGUACUUCACUUUCUUCUUUCAUUCAUCUUUGCCGAGAACAUUCUAUGAGCUCGAAAACCAACAACGAUCUCUCUGAAAAGGAACGCCAAACAAAGAUGAAAAACGGCACCUGGCUACCAAGCCUAAUUUUCAUAUCUGCUACAAAUUCUUGGCCAUGUGCUGACUAUGUCGGAAGUAAAGUUACAAAUCAAUUGGGUGUUAUUGGAAUCAAUCGGAAAUUCCAACCCUAUUGGAAUCUAAACUGCUCUUCAAAGAUACAACAUUUUCUAAUUGAAGCUACCCGAGAUCAACGAUCGGAUUCUUUGCGGAUGGAAGAUGUGAAAUAUGAAUACGCUAGAGAACCUAAUUUACAUUUUUCUAUCGGUGAUGCACCCCUUUUUUAUGAGAAUGUUGAGAUGUCGGCUGACAUGUUUGUCAAUUUAAUUCGUAAAACUCUGCUUGAACUUUAUAAAGACCAUCGAGUGAAAUUGGCUCCCAAAAAAAACAUACUUAUUAUAAUUCCAAAAGAAUUUGACGUAUCGUGGUUUUGCGAGAAAUAUCAACGAAUUGGAACAAGCUUAUUGCGAUCCUUUGAGUGUUAUCCUCUUAAAGGGGAAGGUAUUCCAGAGAGUCACGAGCAAAAACAGAUUGCUUACGUAGCAAAUGCUUCUGAAAUUAGAGGUGUCUAUCUUCCUGAGGUCAGCCACGUAUUUCAUCUAUGGAGUACAUUGUCGGCGGCUUCGUAUUUACACAUUGCUGGGAGAACUGGUUAUUUACAUAAGAAUGGUAUGGUGUUCAACUUUUUGUUACCGGAAUUUCUUAGAAGUCAAGAUUUUGAAAGCCUGAACUGUUCCAGAAGUGCCUUGUUAGUGCUUCAACGCAUUGGUGUCCGACCUCAUAGAUUUUUUGAAGAAAAGUGAUAAGUCAGAAAUCAUCGUCUAGUGAUUAAAACUGACCAUCGUUAAUGUAAUUUAUAUAAAAGGUGCUUGGAUAAUAGAGUUAUUCUUAUUUAAUAAUAGAAUAAUGCAUUUAACGCAAAAUGUAAUAAAUAUAUAUUUCUUUUUUUUAUGAGAAUGGCAUAUAUCUAUCAG